AUGUCCUUCGACCGUCCGCCGCGCUCCCAAGUGGUCCAGACUGGGCGGACGGAGCGAAUCGAGUCCGAGUCGGUACCCAAAUGGACCUGCGACUGCGGAACGCAAAACUUGAUGUCGCGGAGUCACUGCACGAGCUGCUCCCUGCUCCGGAAGGAGGACCGGCAGAUGCGCAUGGUGGCCCGCGCCAACAUGGGUCUGGGCAAGGGUGGAGGCUACUUCGAGCGCGGUGAUUCGGCGGGUCGAGGCAAGGCGGAGGCUGGAGAUGUCAAGGGCGGCCUGGACGAGUAUGGUCGACGGCGAGCAGACGCCAAUGUCCCAGCGGUCACGAAGCAGGCGCUCUCGGAGCAGAGGCUCGAGAAGCCGGCGCUCUCGAAGCAGAGGCGGCGAGACGCGCUCUCCCACCAAAAGGACCAGAAGGCCGCUGCCCCGGACGUGCCAGAGGCGCAGCCCGAGCCCGACCACGGUGGCGAGAGCAACAAGCCAGUCUCCAAGGCUGAGAAGCAGAAGCUGGCGCUGGCUCGCCUGCGGGAGAGGAAGCGCCUGUCGCCGCCCAAGCCAUGCCACUUUCGUGAGAAGUCGUCCCGGAGUCGUAGCCUGGAGCGGCGCCGUGAGUCGGUUCGCUGGCGCUGA